AUGACUGUCAACAUCACCAGCCAGAAUCACUCCAGUCAUGUGGUACAUCUUAGUAAGGAACAAGGACCACAGAACUCUUCUGUUCUGUCCUCAGAUAAAGGACAACAGGCAACCUCCUCCCUCAUUCCCCCACACUGCAUUCAGAGACUCUCUAACAGGCAACCUCUUGACCUUGCUCCAAGUAUAGAAGCGAAGCCACAGGUUGUGAUUAUGGAGCGGCCUGAGGAGGAACAGCAAGUAUCCAAUAGAUUAUCCUUUACACUCUCUGACCCACUUUUGCAAUCAUCGGAGCUUGAGGACUGGGUUGAGGACAGUGAAGGCUGGGAAGGGGAGGCUGAUGAAGGAGACCUGGAUGCUGUCUUGCGAGAGAAACGACAGUAUGAGAGGGAGAGACGAAGAGAAGAACAGCUGAGACGCAAAGCUGAAAGAGAUGCAGCUCGGACAAAUAAACUUGCUACUAGCAAGAUUGCUACAAAGAUCUCAUAGGGAGGGUUGUUUCACUGCCUCCAGAUUAUAUUUGUAGUUGUGAUGCACAUAUUUAAGAUUAUUAGGGUAGGCACUCACACUG